CACCAACUUGACACAGAUAAUCUGGAUCUCAGUGUAGAGAAUCUGUCAGGGUCAGCAUCUGGAAAAGGAUUCAAGUCAUUAAUGGAGUAUUUGAGGGAGAGAGUUUAACUCUGGAGUUAGUGAGGAGAUGUAGAAGAAGAGGCACAUACUUUUCUACUGUUUUUCCUGAUUCAUUUCAUGCGCCACACUCCAGCCCAGUAGGUGGCGGUAAUUCACCUCCGAGCUGGUUGCCAACCGCCCUUACGAACAAAAGAAAGAGAAGAAGAACCACGAGGGAAGUUUCCUGAAGACCCCGGAUCAGAAUAACCCGAGUUAAGGCGUCCAUCUGCAGUUGUCUUGUCUCUGUUUGACUCUUGGGUCGGUAGAAAAUGUCCAGGUUUCAGGAUCUUGAAGAUUUCUUCAGCCGGCGGCUGCUCGCUGCUGUUAACGGAGACCUCUCAGGACGAUCAGCAACAUCUGUGAAUGAAGAGGAGCUCCAACGGCAAAGAAAACUGCUGAGUGUGAUUUUAAUGCCUGAAAUCAAACUGAAGAGAGCAGGUUAGUUCACCUUCUUCUUCUUCUUCAACAUGAGAAACGAACAAGAGAAAACCACCGAAGAUCAAAACCUGUUGACAAACAGAACAGCAACGUCACUGACCUUUGAAGAUCAAUACUUGUUGUCUUAUAGGCAGUUUGAGUGACAAUAAUAUAAUAAUAUCCUGUAGCUGAUGGGGUCCAAGCUGCUUUAUUUCCACAUUUCUCUUGUAGAGUCAAGGUUUAAACCUGUGCCACAGUUAAAAAUCUGCCUCGUUCACCUUUAAAGUUAGCCAGCAUUACUAAAAGUUUCUGUAUCCUGUCCAGAAAUGGUUUUCUGACUUUUAGCAGUUUAGCAGCUUCAAUGACAGCAGCAAAUCACCGAAACUGCUUUGAAUUAUCAGCCAAUCAAGUCUUUAAAAAGGCAUGAUGUUUAAUUCUUUAGGCGGAUGUACAGUAAACAGACAAACACUCUGAGAGUGUUCAUUUCAAUUUUCCCAUGUAUAAUACACACUCAGCUGUGAGAGAGUGGCUGGCCUAACAUUGACCCUGCAGCCAUUGUAGUUCUCUGCAGACACCAACGGGAGGAGAAGGACUUCUACAAUCAUUAAAAACAUAUAUUUGCAUUUGCAACCAAAAGAAAAUGCAAAUGGUGACUCUGCAGUUAUCAUGCAAUAGGCCUCAUCAUGUCUCAUCAUUUUUUUGACAACUGCUGAUAACAGAUUCAUUUAGUUUUUUUAUGACAAGAGGUGGGGCUAAGCCCCACUUGUUCCUAAUGACCAUCACUAUGGCUGUUUCCAAAACAUCAUAAAAAAAGUGAUAAUGACUUGUUUUUCCAAUGUGUGGUGUUCAAAGUCAAAGUGCAAAAAAAUCCAUGAUGACAAAGUUUCUCCAGUUGAUCAGUUGGUUCUUCUCUGACCGACACAAACUGUAUGACCCGAAUGUGAUGCUUCAGGGCAGGCGUUUCUAGCCUGUUUUUUGGGAGUGCUUGAAACAACUUCUCCUUCAAUAAAACACCAAAAUAAAAUCUGGUUGGUCUGUUUAGGAGUUGAUUAAAUUUAACUUGUAGGGGAGUUUGAAAAUCAAAAGCAAGAAUCUCUAUCCAAAGUUUGGCUGCAACAUAGAUGCCAAGCUUUUCUUGAUGUGUCUUUCUGUACUUUGGUGUUUCCUGCAGAUGUCCAGCAGCUGUCAGUGAUUAAAGAGGAACCUCUUGAGCUCCAGGAGUGGAGCCCUGAUCUAAACCAAAAGGACACCAAGCACAUGCACAUUAAGGAGGAGGAACUCUGGAGCAGUCAGGAGGGAGAGCAGCUUCAAGGGUUUGAGGAGGCUGAGGCCACCAUGUUCCCAUUCACUGUUGUCAUUGUGAAGAGUGAAGAGGAUGAAGAAAAACCUCAGCCUCCACAGCUUCACCCAAAACCAAUUCAAAAGAUGGAAACAGGAGAUGAUGGAGAAAUCUGUGGAGUUUCAGAACCAGCUGGAAACUCAAAUCCUGUGAGUGAUAACAGGUCAGAAGACUCCUCUGAGACUGAUGAUGAUGAUGAUUGGAAGGAGACCAGAGAGGAUCAGUCAGGAUUAAACUCUGGGAAAUUAAUGAAAAGAAGAGGACAGAAAACUGUCAUGAAAUCUCACAGCUGCUCUGAUUGUGGUAAAAGAUUCAACUGUCAACAGGCUUUGAAAAUACACAUGGUAGUUCACACAGGAGAGAAACCUUUCAGCUGCUCUGACUGCGGUAGAAGAUUUUCUCUUAAACAACAUCUGACCAGACACAUGUUAGUUCAUACAGUGGAAAAACCUUUCAGCUGCUCUGAGUGCGGUCAAAGAUUCAAAUCUCAAGAGGCUCUAAGAGGACACAUGUUGGUUCACACUGGGGAGAAACCUUUCAGCUGCUCUGACUGUGGUAUAAGAUUUUUAGACAAACAGAAUAUGAUCAGACACAGAGCAAUUCAUUCAGGAGAGAAACCUUUCAGCUGCUCUGAGUGCGGUAAAAGAUUUUCACAAAAACAGCAUCUGAUCAGACACAUGUUGAUUCACACAGGGGAGAAACCUUUCAGGUGCUCUGACUGUGGGAAAAGAUUUUCAGUCAAACAGAAUAUGAUCAGACACAGAGCAGUUCAUACAGGAGAGAAACCCUACAGUUGUUCUGAAUGGGGUGAAGGAUAUCCACAAAAGAGAGAUUUGCUCACAAACGUAACAGUCCACACAGGGGAGAAUGUUUUCAACUUCUCUGAGUGUGGCAAAAAAUUCUAUGAUAAAAGAUCUCUGGCCCAACACAUUUUAGUCCAUACAGGGGAGAGACCCUUCAGCUGCUCUGAGUGCAGUAAAAGAUUCAAAUCUCAAGAGGUUCUCAACAGACACAUGUUAAUGCAUACAGGAGAGAAACCCUUCAGCUGCUCUGAGUGCAAAAAAAAAUUCAACUAUCAACGGGCUCUGAAAAGACACAUAGUAGUUCACACAGGGGAGAAACCUUUCAGCUGCUCUGAGUGCGGUAGAAGAUUUUCACUUAAACAGUAUCUGACCAGACACAUGUUAGUUCACACAGGAGAGAAACCUUUCAGCUGCUCUGAGUGCGGUAAAAGAUUUAAAUCUCAAGAGGCUCUAAAAGGACACAUGGUCUCUCACAGAGGGGAGAAACCUUUCAGCUGCUCUGAUUGUGGUAAAAGAUUUUCAAAAAAACCAAAUAUGAUCAGACACAGAGCAGUUCAUUCAGGAGAGAAACCUUUCAGCUGCUCUGAGUGUAGGGAUGGGAAUUGAUAAGAUUUUAUCAAUAUUGAUGCAAUUAUUGAUUCUGCUUAUUGAUUAAAUUCUUCAACCAUUCCCUUAUCAAUGCCUUCUUUGAUCAAUAUAAAAAAAGGCUAUAGGUUUUCACAGUUAACUCAAAGUUUUCUGAUAACAGAAAUAGAUGUAUGCCACCUUUAGUACGUCUAAAAUAAUCAAACAAAAAUGCCUUUUGUACAGCGUUUCUGGCAUGCAUUAUGCUUAUGUUAACACAGGACAUAUGUUAGGGUGACCAUAUUCUGAAUACUCAACAAGAGGACACUACUAUGCAGGGCUCUAAAUCAGUUAAAGGCAUAUUCUGAAUUCCCAAAGACAGCGCAUGCGCCGCAUCAGUGGCUUUGCUUAGAAGUGAGUGGAGGGGCGGAGCUGCAGACAGCACUGAUCCUCUACACUGUUUUAUAAUGAAUGAAAACACGUUCAGGACAUUUAAAGGAUUUUAUAAACUCCCCCGGACAGCCCCCCAAAAAGAGGAUAUGUCCGGGUAAAAGAGGACAUGUGGUCACCCUAUCAUAUAUACCCUCAAUGCCGUGCUGAGACGGGGCAGCGGCGGCUGAUGACAGGUGUUCAACAGGUGUUGUGUUGUAGAAUGCACCCCUGACGGGAGCGCGGUUGAAAGUACAUAACAAGGUGAAAUAAUCCAAGUUUUCCUCAACAUUAACGUUGGGCGGAUUUUAAAGCGUGUGCCUUUAAUGAUUUCAAUCAGACUAUUCAGAUAAGCAGAAAACAACAGCCCUCUGAUUCUGAAUAUUUAAAGUUCUCUACUUUGACAGUUUACUGUAGAGUUUAUAAACCCAAGUUCACCUCUAUAUGUGCAUUUUAGAGACACAUGAAAACAGAAC